AUGGAGUUUGAAGUUAACGACGUUCAUAUCGACAAGGAGCCCGAUGGUUUCAUUGUCUACUCAAAUGGCAUGACCCACGAACCGAAUCUCGAAAAUGCUGUCCCACAAGUUGGGGGCCAAGAUCCUGAGCCUAUCGGCUUUUGUCCGCAGUCUGUAGAUAUAUCGGACGAGAACUCCGAACUGCAAGACUGUGAAGUGAAGAAAUGCAACAAUGACGAAGCAGCUGAGGUCGCACAACCUUGCCAAAGUGAAGAAAAUGAGCAGGAUUUAAGUUGCCUAAAUAAUGUUAAGGUUACUGAGGAAAGUUUGAUGUCUGAAGGACAAAAGGCGGUUGAUGAUAGUAAGAAGGCACGUCUGUGUGCCAAGAAAGCCAGCAAACUAGUUGUUGGGAAUUGUAAGACGAAAUGCACAGUCCCACAGCCAUUUGCUCUGGCUACAGAAAAGCGGGCUCUGAGUGCAGGUCGGGCUUAUGGGUCUGAAUCUGACAAUACAGCUGCUGGAGACAAGGCAGCCCAUGUCCGUGUUUCCCUACACCCGAUUUUCGCAAAGCAGAAUCGAACAGUCUCACCUGUUGCGGCAAAGAAGCCAUUGCAACCCGAAAGCAAGAAGAACUCUGAUGAAGAUAAUUGUUCAGUGGCCUCAUCGAAUGUGACAUCAUCGAGAAAAUUCAAGCCAACUCUGGCUUCUGCACCAGUGUUUAAGAGCAGCGAGCGUGCUGAAAAAAGGAAGGAGUUUUUAUUGAAGUUAGAGGAGAAACAACAAGCACUGGAGGCCGAGAAAACUCAGUACGAAGCAAGGACUAAGGAAGAAGCAGAAGCUGCUAUCAAGCAGCUAAGGAAGAGUUUGAUGUUCAAGGCAAGCCCAAUGCCAAGCUUCUAUCAUGAUGGCCCACCAGCAAAGAUUGAACUUAAAAAGGCACCCCCGACUCGUGCAAAAUCGCCAAAGUUGGGCCGAAGAAAGAGCUUUAGUGAUGCAAAAAACUUCGGCAGGGGACACCACGAAGCUCCGCACAGUUAUCCAAUGGCUUCGUCGUAUAAUAGCAAAAAGGAGACCAAUAUAAAUAAUGGUACAGCUUCAUGCAAAACUAGGAAACAGGGUCAAGGGGCAGAUAUUGAUGAGGCUUUCAACUCUAAGAAGCUGAUUGGAGAGAGAUGCAUGGACAUUGCUGUUCACUCUUGA